UCUGCGUUUUCCUGCAUCCCAAAUAGAAUGGCCAUCCCUUCACACAAGCUGUUUUUAGUUUUCAUGUCUCUUUUGCUUGUCUUCCUUUUCCUCUCUCCACGCUCUUCUUUUUCCCAUCCAUUACUCUCGACCAGCUGUCUUUCCCAUGAAUCCCAGGCUCUCCUUCGUUUCAAAGAUGCCCUCAAUAUUUCACUGACUUCAUCACGGGUCAAUCUGACUUCGUGGGUGAAUGGAACAGACUGUUGCACCAACUGGACAGGCAUCUCCUGUGACAAUCACACCAACCACGUUGUCUCUCUUGACAUAAGCUAUCUCUUUGCUGAAGGCGUGAUAUCUGAGAGCCUGUGCCAACUUCGUUUUCUCACAUCACUGAGAUUAUCUGGAGUAGCAAUAACAGGUACUGUCAUUCCUCCCUGUUUGAGAAAUCUCUCUUAUAUUCGCUAUUUAGGUUUAUCUGGAAAUAGCUUUACUGGGAUGAUUCCCCCUUUCGUUUGUUCUCUCACCCGUCUUACAUAUCUUCAUCUCUCAUUUAAUAUCUUCAAUGGAAGCAUACCCUCCUGCCUUGGCAAUCUUUCUUCAUUAACUGAACUUGACCUUUCUAACAACCCACUUAGUGGAAGCAUACCUACUUCUCUUGGAAGCCUUUCUUCAUUAACUGAACUUUACCUUUCUGACAACCACCUUAGUGGAAGCAUACCUGCUUCUCUUGGAAGCCUUUCUUCUUUAACUGAACUUGACCUUUCUCGCAACCAGCUUAGUGGAAGCAUACCUACUUCUCUUGGAAGCCUUUCUUCAUUAACUGAACUUUACCUUUCUGACAACCAGCUUAGUGGAAGCAUACCUGCUUCUCUUGGAAGCCUUUCUUCUUUAACUGAACUUGACCUUCCUUGCAACCAGCUUAGUGGAAGCAUACCUACUUCUCUUGGAAGCCUUUCUUCAUUAACUGAACUUUACCUUUCUGACAACCAGCUUAGUGGAAGCAUACCUGCUUCUCUUGGAAGCCUUUCUUCUUUAACUGAACUUGACCUUUCUCGCAACCAGCUUAGUGGAAGCAUACCUGCUUCUCUUGGAAGCCUUUCUUCUUUAACUGAACUUUACCUUUCUCGCAACCAGCUUAGUGGAAGCAUACCUGCUUCUCUUGGAAGCCUUUCUUCUUUAACUGAACUUGACCUUUCUUGCAACCAGCUUAGUGGAAGCAUACCUGCUUCUCUUGGAAGCCUUUCUUCUUUAACUGAACUUGACCUUUCUCGCAACCAGCUUAGUGGAAGCAUACCUGCUUCUCUUGGAAGUCUCUCUUUGUUGAGAAACUUAUAUCUUUCUAACAAUGAACUGAGGGGGAACAUUCCAGAUUCCUUAGGCAAUCUUUCUUCACUCGAGGUGUUGGAUGGUGUUAGCAAUCGUUUCAAUGAAACCAUCUCUUCUUCCUCACUUCCACCUUCUUUAGUUGUAUUAGGCCUGUCACUAAAUCACCACCAGUUGAUUUCAGAAAAUUUCUUUCACAAGCUUACAAGGUUAAGUUCUUUGUCUUUAUCUGAUUGUGUGCUAAAUAUUAGCACAAUCUGGAUUCCAUCCUUUCAAUUAUCUGAGUUGUUUUUAAUGUCAUGUACAAUUGAUGGUGAAUUUCCACCUUGGAUCUCAACACAAUUCUCACUUGGAAGCUUGGAAUUAACAAAUGCUAGUCUUGUGGGUGUAAUUCCCUCUUGGCUAUGGGAAACCAGUCCUCAGUUGCAAUAUUUAAAUCUCUCAGGAAAUCAUCUAGAAGGAAGCCUAUCCUCAAAUCUUUCAAUAUGUACACAACUUUCAAGGUUAGAUGUGUCAAGAAAUGGACUGAGUGGAUGCAUCCCAUCAAUAUGGCCUUCCAGUAUUUCAAUGUUGUUGCUUAAUGACAAUUUAUUCAGUGGCAAGAUUCCUUCAAGCCUGGGCAAAUUAUCUCAACUCCAAAUAUUAAAUCUUGCAAACAAUUUAUUUACUGGCAAUAUUCCUUAUAGCCUGGGAAAAUUAUUUCAACUCCUGUUUUUAAAUCUUGCAAACAACAAAAUAAGUGGAAUGAUCCCUGCAAGCUUGUCCAAUUGCUCUUCUCUCACUGUCUUAAAUUUGGGAAACAACAGUUUGAAGGGAAGCUUACCAUAUGAAUUUAGUAGACUAUGGCAAUUAAACUCAUUAGUUGUUCAUGGUAAUAUCCUGAUUGGAUCUUUUCCACCUUCAAUAUCAAAUUGUUCAUUUUUACAGGUUCUUGAUAUUGGGAACAACUUUUUUGGAGGUGAAAUGCCACCAACAAUUGGAAAUUUUUACAGUCUAAGAGUAUUGGUGAUGAAGGAAAACAAUUUUACAGGGAAUAUUCCUUCAGCCAUAGGCCAACUAAUACACCUUCAGAUCUUGCUCCUUUCUUCCAAUCAUUUCUCAGGUUUAAUUCCACACACAAUUGUAUCAUUGCAAGCAAUGACAAUAGAAGACCAAAAUGGUAUUGUAUUGUCCACUUUUUAUGAUGAGCAAACAUAUCGGGAUGGAUUGGAUAUGACUUCAAAGGGUAUAGAAGAGCACUACACAUAUAUUCUUUCCACUCUCACAGCCAUAGAUCUAUCAAACAAUGAAUUGGAGGGAGGAAUUCCUUUUGAUUUCGGGAAUUUAAAGGGGUUAAGGUUUUUGAACCUUUCAAUGAACAAUUUGAAUGGGACCAUUCCAAGUAGUUUGGGAGAAAUGGGUCAGCUAGAGUCAUUAGACCUUUCAAGAAAUAAUUUUUUUGGAAAAAUCCCUAUGGAGUUUACAUCUCUUAGCUCUUUAGGUUUCCUAAAUUUAUCAAACAACCACCUCUCAGGAAGUAUACCCCAAGGAACACAGAUGAGUACAUUUGCAAAAUCCUCUUAUUCAGGAAAUCCUAAUUUAUGGGGUUGUCCCCUACCCAAAAAUUGUUCUUGGCCACAAUAUAUUCCUCGUCCUCCUGAAGUUUCAAUUAACAAAGAAAAGAAAAGCACUAAAUAUCCUUUGUAUGGAAUAGCAUUAGGAUUGUCAUAUGGAGUAGCAUUUGGAGGAAUAGUGUCAUUGAUCUUGAUAAAAAUGAGUUGGAGAAGGAAAUAUUUCAAUAAAGUUGAUGCAAUCCUAAAAAUUGUGUUUCCAUGGAUGAAGGACUUGACACUAUAAAGGGCUACAUCUA